AUGCUGGUUGACAAUGCCAGUGCCUUUGGCGCCGACUUGGACUUGUUCUCCGUCUUCAACCCUGCUCUCGGAUUUCCAACAAUGUCGAUGCUUAGCAACUGGUGGAACGGCGGAGGCAAUAAUUCCAACGGGAAUGACCUUUGCGAGGUCUGCAACGCCCGCCCAAAGUACCGCGAUAGCUUUCGUGUACAUCCAUAUUGCGGCAAAUCCUGCGCUGCAAAGGCACCCAACUGCUUCUAUCCAGGAUGCGGCGCAAAAGGCACGCGCGAGUAUGGCGGCUACUGCUCACAGAAACACCAAAAGGCGACGGUCUACUGCGCGAGUUGCAAAUCUACACCAGCAAAUCCAGGACAUGCACUUUGUUCCAAUUGCCAGAUGAUGCAGGACAAGAACAGAAACAGGCUGGUCGAACUCCCACCAAACGACACUGGAUUCCAAGAAGCACAGCAAAUGCUCAUUAGUGGCUGGCCAAGAGGUGUUCGUCCACCACAAGUCGGACGCGUCUUCAAAAUAAUGCUCGGAGAAAACAGUCAACUCCUUCGCUCGCAAUACAAGAAUUCGGGUGACAGUUCUCGGCUCCCUAUAUGGUAUUCUGGUCAGAACAUCUGCGAGCUCGGCGGUCCGACCAAGCCCGUCGAAUUUUGCCAGUACAAGUCCUGCGGUAUCUGCAUUCCACUCAAAUCUGGCUUCAGUGCGUUUGAGUUUGGGCAAAAGUACCAAACUGGCCCCCACGGGAACGGAAUCUACACAACCAGAGAACCCGCGGUUGCGGACAAGCACGCAAUAUCAUCCACGGGCACGCCGUAUCGCGUCGUCAUUCUCGCUAGUCUUACAAUACCAUCAAAUGCGAGCAGAGAAUUUAUACUUGGGAACAACAACGAUGUGUUCUGCAAGAAUCCACUUGCCAUCACCCCAGACUACCUCAUCGCAUACAAUUACUGA